GACUUGUCUAAGGAUGCCUAAAUCCAGUGACAUGUCUUUCACUCUUUCUCCCCAGAUGAAGGCCUCCUGCCUCUUCUCCUGCUUCUUCCUGCUGAACUUCUGUGUCUGCUUCCCCCUGGAUGAGGGGCAGGCGUUGGGCCAGAAGGGCAGCCUCUGGGUCCCCGGAGCUGCCAAGUGGAAGUGUUCACCUGGAGACCUCAAGUCCCUCCUCAGCGUCGCCAGGGAACUGCAGGGCUUCGAGAAGGAGCUAGCUGGCAUCCGCCUCCGCUUCGGGAGGGAGGGAGGAGGUCCAGAAGAUGAGAAUGAAGCCACCAACUACCUGCCGGAGGAGGAGGCAGGUGAGAAGAGGGCUGGCACUUUGGGCAACCUUGCUGAGGAGCUGAACGGCUACAGCCGGAAGAAGGGAGGCUUCAGCUUCCGCUUUGGGCGGCGGAGGCGGAGGAUAUCAGCUCUCUUCUGAAGUCCACUGUCCACCCACUUCAGCUGUGGAAGUCCUUCCUUAUCUGUCCUGUGCUACAUCUUCAACACUCUUGGGAUAACCAACAGUG